AUGCCAUCCACUUUCAGGGCCUCGCGCUCAGGGCGCCACCUCGAUACCUCCAACCGAUCUCGCACUGGCCAAAUAGAUCACGACGUCUUCGAAGGCCUCCCAGUUCGACGCUGGUCGCGCCAGCCUCAUAAUGUCUCGCAAGCCCCUAAGGUUGACGAAUCUGAGGUAGCCGACGCUCCUCGGGGGAAAAACGCGCUCCCAGAACUGCCAAUGCCACGAGACAGCCAACUUCUGCCCGCGAUGAGUCGUGCGCUCUUGCGCGCCGCGCGUGCUGGCUGUAUUCACAUCCGUGCGACCGACCGAUCGGUCGAGAACGAGACAGCAGAGGUCGCUGAAGGAGAUGAGCAAGUGGCGACGGUACAUCUUUCUGAUCGCAGCUUUACGAGUCGCAAAUGGUCAUCCCUUCCAAAGCAUAUGGAACCCCCAGAAGUGGAGUUUCUUGCAAAGCGGCGUCCUGGACUUUCUUCUUUGUAUGGGAAUAGUGCAGAAGGCGGUGCAGUGCCAGGUCCCAUGAGAAAGACGAAAAUCAAGAGAACAGACCCCGAUACGGGCAACAUCUCUAUCUACGAGGUGUGGGUUCCAGAGGGACAUCGCAUAGAGGGCGAAAUCACAGUCGAUGUUCAGACUAUCGCUGAGCAAAGCGCAGUUGUUGUCACCACGGAAACCCCUGCGCCAGGAACUGUUGUAGAGGGAGUUGGUGUCGUCAAUGCGGAAGGUGUGGUUGUGGCCGAGGCUGGCUCCGCCGCUGUAAUGACUCCACCAAAACGUCGUCCUCCCCCUCCGAAGCGAAAGGGUAGAGGCAUUGGUAAGGGCCGGAAGAAGAAGGUCAUGUUUGCUCCAGGUGAAGGCGCCGAUGCUUCGACCGUACACGGCGUUCCUCCACCUGGCGCCACAAAUGACGGUACCAAAGGGGCUGAAGAAACUUCGCGCAUGUCAAUCGACCCUUCUGUCCAUGAUGAGGAUGAGGAUGGCGAUGAAGGCGAAGAGAGUGACGAUGGAGAUGGAUCCAUGCUUGAUCCAAAGACACCAGAGACACCGCAAGUCUCAACUGGCGCAGAGGCUCCAAUUGCUGAACAGUCUGUGCCAGUGUCCAGGGAACAAACAAACGAUAUUGAGAUGACGGAUGCCACGGCAGACACCGAAACGCCUGGCCCAGAGCCAACUGUCGCGAGCGGUGAUGAAAUCAAGGAGCAACCAGUCAUGAUGCAAGAUGUGCAAACAGAAACAGCUCAGGCAGACCAAAAUGAUCUUCCAACGGCUCCUUCCUCCUUGCCACCCAAGCCUCCCACAGAAGACGUGGAACCUCGAACCCAAGCUUUGGACCGAAUUUCUCCUUCAGCGCCUCCCGCUCCCCUUGAGGUUGACGUGGCUGUUGGCACAUUCGUGAAAGAAUCAACUCCACAGCAACAGCCGAAUCCUUCAGUGUCGAAUGCUUCCAAGCCUUCGGCCGAGGAAAAAAUAGUCUCAGAAGUCACCGAAGUGACACAGGCAGAGAUCAAACCAGAAUCAACACCGCAGCCCGCAGACGCUGAAGCCUCCAUACGCACAUCAGUAAGUCCUGCAAAGCUCGAAGAGACGCACUCAGAGACUCCCUCGCAAUCAGAGGCUGCGCCAGAGCGGCAAGCCCAUGAAGCUUCGCCACUUCAGCCCGAGUCAGCGCAUGAGGAGCCAGGACAGUCUACGAUGGAGGUCUCGCAACAAAUUGAGGUAGAGCCAGCCCUGGCUUCAACCCCGGAGAUCAAGGAAUCCCCUGAAGCCAAACAGUCUCCGGAUCCUGCUCCCGUCGUGCACUCGCAAUCUGCUGAUGUGACGUUGGUCGAUGCAACUCAGGAAGAAGAGCCCGCUCCAUCUGAUCUCGCGCCCACACAGCCUUCGUCGGUGCCAGCUGCAUCCGUUGAGACUAUCUCUGAGCUUGCUCCCGUUCCUGAAACUCAUUCCGAACCUCAGUCUGACGCUCAGAAUGAGCAAAAAUCUGCGCCAUCAGCAGGAUCUGAUGCGUUCGCAACCGAAGCCCCAGAAAUCCCUAUUCCUGUUAUCCCCGACACGGCACCUGGCUCGGAUUUCAAAUCAGAAGAACCUCUUCAAGAAGCAAAGCCAAACGUGGACGAGAACUCAGUACCAGAGUUCGAUCCAGCCCCUGCCUCUCCGCCGGCGCUGGCGCUGGCGCCAGCGCCAGCGGAUGGUACUCCAACCGCGGCUGGUACAGGUGAGGAGCCAGCUGCUGCUGAAAAGGAAGAAUCUGCCCCUCUACCGGCCGCCGAUGCCUAG